GCUUUGUCGAUAAUGUCCAGUGUAAGCAGAUGACGAUGUACAGGGAGGUUUGUUUUGUUUUUCUCAAUUAUCAGUCAUUACGCUGUACCAUUACUUGGUUUAUUGUUGUUUUGACAACUAUAUCUAUAUGUGAGGAGAAGCGGAAAUUUGAAACUCUUACUUUGUAAUUGAUUGGUAAGCAAAUGUUGUAAUUAUAACCUCACAUGCAGUGAUACCGUAGAUUGAAAUUACUACUUCAUUAACAAAUUAUCAGCAAAGUUUCAACUUUACAACCUCUUUAUUUUUAACACAGGGAUGGACAGUUCUAUUGCUCUGGCACCGUAUUGUCUGUUUGAGCAAGAACAUUUGAAUUUGUUUACUUCUAAGUGUCAUUGGUGGAAAGAGUAUAUCGGAAUUGUUUGUUCUUGGGGAAAUAAUAUAAAUACUCAUGCAUUUUGUGCUUUGAGAGAGAAGAAAAAGAAAAGCAGAAAGAGUUAGAGAGUUGGUAAACCCUGUACUUCCUACAAAUUAACUGGGAUUUGACUUCUAAAGACAAAAACGAUUACACCAGUUUAUGUCUUUUCCCACUUUUAUCCAUAGCGAAAAUAUAACCGUUAAAUCACCACAUUUCCUCGUUGUUCUGCUCUUACGUUUUUCAGUAAUUGUGCAUUCAUGUUAGUGAUGUGGUUAACCAUGAUUAGAUUGUUGGUGAGUUUCUCCCUCUUUGAUGACUGCUUUCCUCACAUCAUUGGUGAUGAACUUUACAAUCACCGGAUCUUCGAAGUUUUUUGUUGCUGGAUGGUAUCCGGUGUAUUGCCAUGACUUUUAUUUUUCGGAAUGAAUUCUGUGAUAUGUUUGUUUGGAAAACGAGAAGCAACCAUUGUUUUGAUGUUUGUAAAUAGCAGACGGAACACACGAGAAGUUUUAUCUUUAGAAGUCUCGGCUUAUCGGAUCAAGCGCGCAUGUGUGAUAUAGGCGGAUCCCGCAAGAUAUGACACCUCAGAUUUACCAGGAAGGCGGCGUGAUUCUCGUUAUCUGCCUCGUAUUCGUUUUGUCAUCUGCUGAAACACAUACGUACGAGUUUUCAUUUGAGGUACACCAAGUAUCAAACUGUCCAAUGAGCAAGGAUGCAUGGGAAAAGGCGUCUAUCCGGUUAAACUGCACUCAACAACAUGGAUAUCACUGUGUUCCGGAUAAAUAUUUCACUUCACUUAUUGAAUUCUGUUAUCCACAGGGAUACAGAUUGCCUUUCGAGAGAGGCAAUUGUCUAGAAUUAGCUGCAGAUGGAAUCUUAAACCAUGUUCCAUGCAACAAGUUCGACAGUGGAUGCCCUGAGCAGUUUUAUUUCAGCAAUGAAAUAUACAAAUACCCAAAGUGCUUGUCGAUCAACACGAAUUUCAGAUGCUUUGAUGCAGAUGUUCCGUGCAUAUUAUCCAAAAAUGCUGAGAGCACUACGAGCAACAGCGUUUACAACACUAGCUCCCAAAUUAGUACAACGAUAAUGAACAGAAUAGAGAACAACUACACAGACUACUUUGAGCCUUUUGCUGUCAUCUUGAUUCUGUUUGUCGUUGAGAACAUUGCACUGCUUGGCUUUGUUACAUACAAACGUUACAUCAGGAGGAAAUGUCGGAAACAUGUAUUAACAGAUGAUGGUCAUUUUGGAGAGGUUAUGCCUUUAAAUGAUAUAGGUACUAUUUGUAAAGCUGUUGAAUCGUCAUCACAAGACCAUUUACCUGAUUUACUAAAAGAAGAUCUUAAUUUCUUCUGCCUGAGUCGCAUUUGCAGAGAAGGAAAAGAGGGCGAAUUUCAUUCUGAGACAAAUCCACAAUCGUUCGAUCAAGAUUUACUUAACAAGACAGAUGUCAUGGGAUGGACUCUUCUUCAUCAUGCAGCGUACGGAGGAAAGAUAAGGAUUUUUCAACAUCUAAUGAGUUAUAAAAUCAUAGACUUGCGUGCAACAGACAUCAUAGGUAGGACAGUGCUUCACAUAUCUGCCGCUGCUAAAAAGGGGGAUGAAAAUGGGGAAAUAUUUGAUGCAAUCGUAGAAAGAGACAAAGGACUUUUAGAGGUAGAGGAUAAAAACGGAUUGAUGCCAUUUUCUUAUGCAGCUCUUGCUGGAAAUAAAUCAAUUCUGGAGCAGAUAUCUAUAUAUGGCUUUGAUAUAAGAAAACAAACAAAAUACGGAGAAACUGUUGCACAUUUAGCAUGUAUAGGAAACAGCUUGGAAGUUCUUCAUAUGUUAUCUAAAAUGGAUGAGAAAGGUAACCAAGAGUCUUUAAAAAAGACAAAAGACCAGCAGAAGAUAAUAUCAACAAAGAACAAAAUGGAUUGGAAUCCAUUACAAUAUGCUGCAAAGACCGGAAACAAAAACAUUUUGCAGUUCCUAGAUGAAGAAAAAGUGCGUGUUUUCUAUUCCACCGAGGAUUUGAAAUAUUCCUUUCAUACAGCAUGCGAAAAUGGAAAUCUAGAAGCUUGCAAAUACAUCGUAGGCAAAAGUAAAGAAAGCAUAUAUGCGCAUGAUAAGUCGGGGAGGCAUGCUGGUCAUUUUGCAGCGAAAAGUGGAAAUGUUGAAAUAUUGAAAUAUCUUGAAACUCAAGACCUGAAAGUUGAUGGAUUGUCAUCCCAAAACAUUAAUAUUCUUCACAUAGCUUGUCGUCACGGGAGACUUGCCAUGUGUGAAUAUAUAGCAGAAAGGUAUCCAGAAUUAGUUACGCAAGAAAGUAAAAAAGGAUGGAACCCAGCCCUAUUUCUUGGUGAAAGAGGAGGAGCUGAUGAAGAAAGAAUAAAAAUUUUAACACAUUUAGUGACAAAACACGAUUUAUUCGUAUAUCAUGUUUCCAGAGCCGGAAAGUCCAUUCUGUACAAUGCCUGUGCUAACAGAUCCUACACACUAUGUGAGCAUCUUUUACAAACUUAUCCAGGUCUUUUAACAAUCGAAAGAUCAAUGGAUCCGAAAAGAGCAGCCAGAGAUAAAAAGAUAAAUCAACUGAUGGAAAUGUAUUCAUACACUUUCUCCCAAAAUUCUGGUUAGCAGUUUGAUAGUGUUUAAAAUGGAUGUUAUCUAAUGAGGACAAGCAUCAAAAUGCAUUUGUUCUUUCUUUCAUGUUUUGUAGUAUCUUUGCAGCACGGAGUUGGACAGCUUUGCCUUUUGCAAAUGACUAACAAAAUUCUCGAUUUGGUUUCAAUUUUUCAUCAUUGUUGGCCUGCAUAGCAGCAUUUUUUAUAUUUAGCUGGAAUGUAAGCAAUUUAUAUUCACGAUGUUUCUCAUAGCAUGCUUAUUCUAUAUACUGUUCUCAUCGAUGUCCUUUCAUUCAUAAUUUAGCUACUUCAUCUAAAACAAUCAUUUUCCGUUGUCUGAUGAUUUUUUUUCUACUUAUUUCAUUCACACUCCAAGCUUUGUCUGCUAUAUUAAACCAAAUUCAUUAUUCCAUCUGAUCUUUCAAAGAAAUGUGGAGGGCCUCCAUGGUCGAGUGGUUAGAGCAUCGCGCUCAAAAUCACAGGACCUCUCGCCUCUGUCGGCGCGGGUUCGAAUCCCACUCGCGCCGGUAAGUGAGAAAGUUUCCCAGUUUACUUUCGGAAGGUCAGUGGUCUCUUCCCAGGUACAUUGUAUCUGGGUUCUCUUUUCCACCAAUAAAAACUGGGCGCGACCAGAUAACUGAAAAAUGGUUGAGUGUGGCGGAAAUUAUCAAUCAAUCAAUCAAAGAAAUGCGAAAGUUAAACAAUGUGAUAUCAAUUUCAUGAUUCAGUACAUGUAUGUAUAUACGUCAUAUCUACCAGCAGACACUAACAUUAAGUUUGAUUACAUCAACCGAAACACAGAACAUUUGCGAUAGGAAAAAGAAGGCAAUUAAGGAAAGAUAAAGUAAACAUUUGUCCAAAUGCUGUUUUCAUUAUUUGGAACCAAUACGCAAAGAAAUCAAAUAUCAAUGGCAAUAGAUUAUAAUUCAUGUAUAUAAGCACAAAUGCCAACUUUUACUUCAAGUAAGAGGUUCUUUUCCAAAUACAUAAUAUGUUUCAUGAAAUACUGUACGUGGAAACAAAAUCAAAAUAGCAUCGUAAUUUAAUUUUUUUUUUUUUUGGUCAAUUUCACGCCUUUGGUGAAAAAUAUAACGCCAAGCAAAAAAUCCAGUUUUUUUUUAAUUUGGGAGCUUUGAUUGUCAUAUGAUUUCCUAUUCAUAAAACUUUUUAAUAUGUUUGCGCAUAUGUUUUUGUAUGCAUCCAGAUUGACUGAAAAUGGUUUAUUGAUCCCAGUCAUAAUAGGGGAAAGGUCAGCAUAUAACAUUUAAUGAAAGAUUUUCGGUUAAGGACCUGUAACCCCCUUCGUCAAUCUGAACUAGGUUUUGUUGUAAUCAUACUGCCACCAGAUCGGGGUGGUGGAAUUUUCUUGUUUCCUUGGUUUUUAUUAAUAUCAUUAUUUUGACUUUUUGUUAACUUCAAAUCAUGCAAAAGAUGCAGCAUAAUGAAAAU